AUGUGCUCUACAUGCCAAACCAAAUACACCUCUUUAGCCAGCACCCCUCUCGCCCACAAACGCUCCCCAGGCGCCAACAUCUACCAAGUAAUCUUCACGCGCUACCUCUACAACAUCCACACCUUUGCCCCCCUCGAAACCAUGGCGACCAACUUCGCCCGAAACAUAAAACUUCUCAGCGGCCUCGACAUCGACCCCAUAAUCAGCGCACUCAAGUACGGCCCAAGGGGCGCGGAGAACGGCGCGUCGAUGUACAUCUCCAUGCUCGUGGAAUUUCCUCGACCACUACUCUUUCCGGAUGAUGAUCAGAGCGAGAGGGAUGCGAGUGAGAUCCUGGAUGAGUUGGUGGGCAUUGGAAAUGGGAUUGACGGGUUCCCGGCACAGCCUGUUGGCACAGAGUGGAUGGUUUCUUCGAUUGAUGAGAAGGAUGGGCACCAUUCGCUUGUGAGGCUGGGGUGGUUGCUGGAGGCCGUGGAUUUGGCUAGUGGGGUUCCGGCUCAUAUUGCGCAAAAGAAGCUGUAUGGGAGGAGUACGUUGGCGGAGUGCUGGGAGGAGGAGGAUUGGAGUGAGAUAUAUGGGCCUUUUGAGUUGCCGGGUUGA